AUGAGUGAUUAAGAAAGUGAAGAUGAUUAAAGUAAUAGAUAAUUGGGUAGACUGCGAGAUAAGCAAAAGAGAAAAUACAACUAGAUGGAAGAGGAAUACUACCCAUUAGAGCAUAAUGCAAUUGCAAAUGAACGGAGAUCAGCCAGAGCUAUCAAGAAGAAUUAUGCAGCAACUAUGAGCGAGGAAGAUGAACCCAUAAAUUAACCAGUUGAAGAAACAGAAGCGAAGCGCAUCUUCGUUCCAGAGAUUGAUCAAAUUUUAUGUAGAAAGAUAGACCAAAACACUUCCGAAAUCUUAUAUUUAGUAAAGUUUAAGAAUAGAAGCUACUUACAUACAGAAUGGCUUAAUGAAGAUAGAAUCCUUGAAGAAAAGAAUGGCAAGCAGAAAAUUAAUAGAUUUAACAAAGUCUUCGAGAAGCGUAUCCAAGAGGAAAUCGAUGACUUUCUAGAUGAUCAAUAUUUUGAUCCAGCCUUCUAAGAAGUAGAUAGAGUAUUAUCAUGUACAGAAAUCUUUCCUAUUGUUCAUCCAAAAAAGGGAUCGGAAAUGAAAGGAAAGUGGGCAGAAUCACUAACUAAAGUAAUGUCUCACUUGCUCAACUUCUCCAGAGAUCAAAUCCAUUAUGGUGUAUACUUCUUAGAACAAAAAACAUUCCUUGAUUUUGGAACCAUUAAUAAUCGACUUUAUUUGGGAUAUUACAAAAAUUUUAGUGAUUUCUGGUCUGAAUUGGGCUCAGUCUUUAAAGCUGCAGCAUAAGAAUGGCAAGAAGGAACAGAAAUGAAUAAAAUCACUAACACUCUAAUAGAAUGUUCUACUGUACUCUAUAAUAUUUGGUAUGAAGAAGCCAAUUAAAACUAUUAAUCUAAAUUACAAUAGCAAAGAUAUAUCAAUGAACAAGCAUACAAAGAGAAGAUCAAUGAUGCUCAUAGGAAAGAUAUUAUGCCAGAAUUGAAAAAAGAGAAAAUCAAAGAAUUAGUUUCUAAAGUUUUGAAUAUCAUAGAAGAUAAACAAUAUAAUCUUCAAGAACAUGCCAAAGAGAUUGAAAACAUCUUAGAGUAAGAACUAAACAUUAAAUUAAAAAUUGAGAAUGACUAAGAAUUCGAUCUGGAAGUUUACUUAAAGUAAUCCCUCCAAAAUUAAGAUAUCGAUGUUGCUCAAGAGAUGCAAUUAGAAAUGCAAGAUUUUUAAUCCUAAAUGGAUGUUGUUGAUCCAGAUAUAGAAUCAUGGAAUCCAGGUGAAAAAUCAUUUGAAUGGCUUAAUGAAUCACCAGAGGAAAUACAAUUAUUAACUAAAGAGGAGAUCUAGAACCUCUAACAAGAACCUGAUAAACUCUAUUUUGUAAAAUGGAAACAUUUGUCUUAUCUAGAGGCUACAUGGGAACCUGAAUCUCUUAUUGAUUGCAGACAAAAGAUUCAAGAAUUCAAAUAAUUUAAUAGAAGUCUAGAUAAAGAAACAAGAAAUUUAAUGAUGCAGCAAAAUUUAAAUCAUAAGAAUUUAAUAGAAUAUGACCAAGGUAUCAAGAAAAAGAAAUUAUCCAACAUGCAAAUCCAAGAUAUCAAAUCAUAAUUGUAUUUCCUCAAUUAAUAAAAACCUCCACAUGAAUAUACUUAACUCACCCAAACAAUUUAUAAGGAUAAACGUUUGCUGAGGGAUUAUCAACUGGAUAGUUUAAAUUGGUUAAUCAGAGCAUGGUAUGAAGACAGAAAUGUUAUUUUGGCUGAUGAAAUGGGACUUGGUAAAACCAUACAGACAAUUGCAUUCUUAAAUCAUCUCUAUAAUUUUGAAAAUUACAGAGGUCCAUUCUUAGUAAUAGCUCCUUUGUCUACUCUACAACAUUGGAAACGAACAGUUGAAGAAUGGACUAAUCUAAAUGCCGUACUCUAUUAUGAUCAAGAAAGCAAUGCUGGCAGAUAACUUUGUAGAUAAUAUGAAUUCUUUUAUACAGAUAUAAGCAUGAAAGGAAUUCUAUUAACAGCCUCAGAAAUAUAUAAAUUUCAGAUUCUUAUAACUAGUUAUGAAGUAUUUAUGCAAGAUUUUCAGAAUAUAUUUAUAAAUAUUCCUUUCUAAUAUAUAGUUGUGGAUGAAGCCCAUAAGUUAAAAAAUUCUAAUGCAAGAAUCUUAUAAUCACUUAAAAGACUCUCCUGUUAACGCACUUUACUCUUGACUGGAACUCCUAUUUAAAACAAUACUGAAGAAUUAUUUAGUUUACUGAACUUCAUAGAACCCAAUCAAUUCUGCAAUCUUAACUAUUUCAAACGAGACUAUGGAUAGUUAGAAACAUCAGAUUAAGUUGAUAGGCUGAAUGUCUUAUUGAAACCUUACAUUCUGAGAAGACAAAAAGAAGAUGUCGAAUAAAUGAUUCCUCCACUUCAAGAGACCAUUAUAGAUAUUGAGAUGACAACAGUUUAGAAACAUAUUUAUAAAGCUUUGUAUGAUCGAAAUAAGUCAAUGUUGGAACAGGGAUUCUCUUAAUGGGCUGCAAAUGCUGCAUCUCUUAAUAAUCUUGAGAUACAACUGAGAAAGUGUUGCAAUCAUCCAUUUUUAAUUUAAGAGAUGUAAAACGAUUUAUCAAAAGGCUGUUAGACUAAAAUUGAUUAUAUAAAUAAAUUAGUUGAAAGUUCUGGUAAAAUGAUUCUGUUGGAUAAAUUAUUAAAUAAAUUUAGAAGUGAAGGUAAGAAAAUGCUCAUUUUCUCUUAAUUCACUAUGAUGUUAUCAAUAUUAGAAGAGUAUUUGAAAUUCAAGUAAGUCAAAUAUGAAAAAAUCGAUGGAUAAAUCAAGGCAAGAGAAAGAUCUAAUGCAAUAGACAGAUUCAACGAUCCUUCUAAAAAGAGGGAAGUUUUUCUGUUAUCCACUAAGGCAGGAGGACAAGGAAUUAACUUAACUGCUGCUGAAAUAGUUGUUAUAUACGAUUCAGAUUGGAAUCCAUAAAAUGAUGUGCAAGCAACUGCAAGAGCUCAUAGGAUUGGUCAAUCUAAAGAAGUUACAGUCUAUAGAUUGAUUACGAAGGAUACUUAUGAAGCAGAAAUGUUUGAAAGAGCCAUAAAGAAAUUAGGGUUAGAUUAAGCAAUCUUUAUGAAUGGUCAAUUUAAAUCAUGCGAGAAUUCUUAUAAGAGCAAUAAAAAUGACAAAAAGAUGAGUAAACAAGAUAUGGAAGUCCUGUUGAAAAAUGGAAUAAUAGGAUUGAUAACUAAUAAUUAAAAUGGUGAUACUUUUUAAGAGAAAAAUAUUGAUGAGAUUUUGGAAAAGAAUUCAAGGACUGCAAAAUAUUCACUCAUUAAUGGCUCUUAUACAGUAUCAAAAUAAUCAUUUGUUUCAGAGAAGACUGACAAAUCUAUCAAUAUCUAGGAUCCUAAUUUUUGGAAGAUAAUUUUAAAAAGUUCAGAAAGUAGAUGUUAGAAAUUAAGCAAAAUGUUUGAUCUGCAUAUGUCGUUGUAAGAACAGAAGAAAUAUCUAGAAGAGGUUGGAGAUUGUGUUAAUCAAUUGAUAGAAUCCAAAUUAAGUUAAUCCAAUUAUAGUACUGAUGAUGAAUAAAUAUUAACAGAUUUACUGAAUAAGAUAAAUUCAUCAAAUUAUGCAAAGAAUUAUAGAGAACUAGCCAUGAAUUGGAUUUAUGAAUUAAGUAAACCCUCAAGAAGAAUUAAGAAAAUAACUGAUUUGGAUUUAGGUAGGAAGUAAUAAAGGACAGUUGAAUUGUAAGGAGAAGAUGCCAGAAGAUUAGCAUCAAAGAGCAAAGAAGAAUUAAUCAAAAAGUUAUGUUAUGUCUGUGAAAGAUCUAAUUGUUCUAUUUUUUGCAUGGGACAUUGUAGAAGAGCAUUUCAUGAUGCAUGCAAAGAAUUGUUAGAGACUACUGAUUAUAUCAACGUCGAAGGUCCUGAUUAGGAUUUUCUUAAUAAAAAUGCAUUCCCUGAAUUCAAUUGGAGUGGUGAAUAAUUGAAGGAAAAGAUCAACAUAAGAUAUUCUUGUCCGGAUUGUAGAAAUAAUCUAGUGGUCUGUUUGCUUUGUAAAUAGAAAGGUACCUAUCCUCCAGACAAGAAAUAAAAAGAAGAGAUUGUGUAAAUUGAUGAAUUUGAUCCUUCUGAUGAUAAUGUAAAGAAAAGCAAAAAUAAAUCAAUCAUAUCUAAAUGUUCAACUGCUAAUUGUAAUCGAUAUUUUCACUUGAGUUGUAUCUAAGCCAAUCCCUUAUCAAAAUCACUUGAUACUAAUGCUGACUUAUUUAGAUGUCCCUCUCAUAUUUGUGUAUUCUGUAAAAUCAAUUCUUCCAAUAUGACGACUGCUUUAAUACAUUGCAUUAGAUGUUGCAGAUCAUUUCAUAGUAAAUGUGCUCCUCCUGAGAUCAAAGUUAAAAUUUAAAAGAUUGGCAAAAAAGUCAUGAUUUGUGAUCUGUGUGUCAAACCUAAAUAAGAAAAGAGCGAAGCAAGCAUGAUUGUCAAAAUACCUUUCAUAGGAUAUCAAAAGAAAGUAAAACACUCAAAAGCAGAAUUUAACAGCAUUGGAACUACAGCCAGAACACGUAAAAUCUAAGAAAAAAAGCAUGAGACUCAAGAUUCAGACAAGAGAAGAAUGGACUCCAGUAGAAGUAACAGCCAAGAAAUAAUAUAAAAGAAAGUUCAAAGAGAGAAACGUAGCAAAGAUAUACAUCCUUAUUCCUAUGAAGAACUAGGCAUUAUACCAGUUAAACAUUUUGAUUAUUCUAAAUACAAAAACGAUUGGUGUAGAUAUUGUGGCGCAAGAUUUGCUUCCAAUUUUACAAAAGGGCCUUGGGGUUCAAGAACUCUCUGUACAAUUCACUAUAUCAAUUGGUGUUAGAAAAAGCAAUUAGAUUUGACUUAGUAUCCAGACAUUCCAGACAAUCCCAUUAAUAGAGAUGAUCAAACUGAGCUCUAAUUUCUGUAAAGAUAAAAGGCUAAAGAUCCUAAUUUUGAUCCUAGAAAAGAACUUAACAUUUAAAACGAUGAAUAAUAUUAAAUAUUCAGCAAUUACUGA